AUGUCGGCCACCGGGCAUCAUACCUCGCGGAGUCGGGCGAGUUCGAGCACUGCGGCCCGUGAGAAAGGACGGCUCGCCCACGUACACGGCUACGCCAUGGCGCCGCCGAGCACGACUACCGUCACCCGCUACUUCGAGCCGUGCGCCGCGACGGCAUCCAUGUUUCUCUACGCCCAGGGCACCUCGGUCGUCUGCUGCCACCACGACACGCUCGCGAUAGAACGGCGAUUCGCCCGGCAUUCGGAGGAGGUGCAGCUGCUGGCCGUCGACAACCACAGCGACAUCGGGGCGGGGAGGCUAGUCGUCAGCUACGAUGCCGGCCAGACCGCCAUCGUGUGGGACCUCCUGACGGGCGACGAGGUCGCCCGCUUCGCGUCCUACGAGAAUCUCACAUGCGCUGCGUGGAUGCGCAAUGGCAACGUCGCCUUUGGUAACACGCAAGGCAAUGUGAUACUUUUCGAGCCCACGACGUCAGAGCACCUUUCGUCAAGGACGCUCGACCAAAUCGCCAUUACGGCCCUCUCACCAGCAGCCGACUGCAGGACAUUUGCAAUUGGCUACCAGAAUGGUUCGCUCCUCAUCGCGACGCUGCAACCUAGGUUUACAAUCUUGCACAAUCUCACCACAUCAAGAGGGCCGUCCCCGAUUGUAACUCUGUCAUGGCAUGCCUCCUCAUCCAGGUCAAAAUCGGACAUGCUGGCGGUGCAGACGAACGACGGUGAUCUGCGGGUCUGGAGCGUGUCCAAAGCUUAUAAUAGUGACGACCCGGCCAAGGUUGUGCGCAUCCUGAAGAGGACCGAGAACUACCUGACAGGCCCCAAUUGGAUGGGCUGGUCCAAGAACGGCCGCAUCAUCCAGUACUCGGAAUCCGAGACGAUAUCAUGGGACGUGCGGACAAAGCAUGUCACUUACGAUACGAUUCCGACGCUCGAAACCAUCCGUGGCCUGGCCGUCUACGGCCCGGGUGCCACCCUCUUCACCUUGGGCGCUAACAACACGGUGCAGCAAUUCGACCUGAACGCGCCCGCCAUGAUGGUUGCUAACGUGCAGCACCCUGCGAACCUGCUCCCUCCCUCACCACCUAUCUCGCUCGAAUCGGAAGACAAAGGCCAGGCCGGCAAUGUGUCCGAGUCUGAGCCGCAGGUUCAAAUCACAUUCCGACCGACCGAGCUGUCCGAACCAGAGUCGGAUCGCAGGUCGCCUUUAGCUCGCUAUCUCCAGAGCGAGUCCGACACCGAGCCGUACCGCCCCAACACGCCGGGGUCGAAUGUCACCCGGUCGAGCGUGUCGAUCUCCUCGUCGACGUCCCAGACGGCGCCGGUGCGGUAUCCAGCAUCGGUGAUCUCGCGAGGACUGACCGAGAACACGUACAUUUCGGCUGGCUCUUCGCUGCGGUCGAGCCAAGCGCAGCAUCGGGAAAGGAGGGAAAGGGAGACGAUGUCCACGACCAGCUCGCUUUCGAUGGGAAGCUCGCAUCACCGCUCUGUUCACAAGCCCUCGAGGUUGCGUCACGAGGUGCCGCGCAGCCCCGAAGACUCGCGAGUCGUUGACUUGUUCAAGUUCACCAGGAGCCGCCUCGCCGACGUGCCAUACAAGGCGCCCUACUCGACCGACCACAGCCGUCUGACCAACGACGAUCUCCGCCGGCAGAUGCUGAGCACCAUAUUCGGCUGGCACAAGGACGUCGACGACCUCAUCCGCGACGAGAUGUCGCGCCAUCCCCUGGGCUCCACGAACCGCAUCCUGCUGGCCAAGUGGCUGGGCGAUAUCAGCACCGACAUCAUGGCCGUGGGAUCUGCGAACAUGACAUCGUCCGACUGGAUGCUGCUGGCGCUGAGCGGCAUCGGCGGACAGUCGUCCCAGCACAAGCUGGGCCGUGCGUACGUGCAGCGCCUGCUGGAGAACGGUGACGUGCACGCCGCUGUGACCAUCCUGGUCGGCCUGGGCGACCACAACGACGCCAUCGAGAUCUACGUGUCGCACAAAAAAUACAUGGAGGCUCUGCUUCUUACCUGCCUCUUCUUCCCGGCCGCCUGGGAGCGCCAGGAGCAGAUCAUCAAAAAAUGGGGCGAGUGGGCGGUGCAGCACGGCCAGCAGCAGCUAGCCAUUCGAUGCUUUGCCUGCACUACCCAAGAAUCGACAGAGCCCUGGACGUCGCCGUCCGCUCAGCAGCUCAAUUUCCCGAGCAUCGCGCAGACCGUCCCGGAACUGGCGAGCCCUCCGCUCUCGCCUCCGGUCGUGAACCAAGGGCCGCAAAGGAACGUGGCGAAGAGUUCGGCGCUGAAGCUCAUCACCUCGUUCGGCGACGCGCAAGCCAAGUCCAAGUUCUUGGGGAACACCGAUGACGGCAGGACGCCGAUCGCCGUGGGUGCUACUCCGAUCCUCGAGUCGGCGCUCUCGCCGGGCGGCGCUGACCCGACGACGGCAAUCCUGCGGGGCAAUCGAAGUCAGUUCAACACGCCGGCGUCCGCUCGGCCGGCUCACGGCUUUGGCCGCCCGCGGCUUCCCUCGAUCGGAGAAGCGCCCGACUCGGGCCAGCGCGAACUGCUAACCGCAGUGACGAAGCCAGCGCAGGACCCCUAUUCCAACACGUUCGAGCCGAUGGAAUCCUUAGACAGCGCGAUCAAAAAUAUGGAGCUAACGAGACCCAAUACCGCUAGUCCUAGACUAAUGAAGGACCCUGUCGUGAAGGGGCACCCGCCUCCAUCUCCUUCGCCGGCGUUGGCUGAGGCUUUGAUGAACGACGGGCGCAGGAGAAACGGCUCUCGCAGCCGCAUCCCCGAAGGGGUCGAUCUCUCGUUACCCUCGUUCAAGGACUCGCUGCCGGACGACCUCACCUCACCCGAGCCGUCGGCCCACUCCUCCGUUCGGUAUCACUGGCCCUCAAGGCGGAGAGGCCCUGGCUCGGUCGCCAGCUCAGUCACGUCCGCGGCGUCGAGCGUAGCGAGAAGCCACCGCGGGCACCACCACGGCCAGGGCAAGAGCUUAGAUGACUACAUUCACAGCCUGGACACGGCCCGGAGCAGGCAGCAGGCUCGCGGGAGCAGCCGAGACGGGCGCCACGGGCGCGAUAACAGCCAGUCGCGGAAGGACAACCGCGAGAGGUCGCGGGAGCGCGGGCGGGCUGCGGCACGGGGCUUCACGCCCAAGGGCGGCAAGCGGUCUCCCAAAUCGCCGGUGCCCAUGUCGCCGGAAGACUUGAUCAACCUGUCGACGCCGCGCGAGGACUUCGAGCACCUGCGCCGCUCGGACGGCAGAGGGAAGAUUAUCAGUGUUCCCCACGACGAGUUGGAGCCGUCGAGCCAGCCGAGCACGGUCAAGAAGGUUGCCUAUGCCGACCGGGACGAUUCCCGCCCGAGGGGAUCGAGCCGCACCGCCAGCCGCGCGCGGAGCCCCGAUAAGCGCAACGCGCCGCUGGCGCUGGAUCUCCGCGGCCGCUCGGCGUCGCGCGGCCCGCCGUCGACCAGGUCGCCGUCGUCGCCGCAGCCCAUGUCGGCGAGAUUGCAGCAGCACCAGUACGCCUCCGACGACGAGGAAGAUUACCGGCAGGCGGUCGAGGCGCAGGAGCGGUUCCGCCGGAGAAACAACCGCAGCGCGAGCCGGGCCAGCCGGGGUGAGGGGCCGACGUCGCCGGUGUCAGUCAGGUCGGCCGCGUGGUCGACCAGGUCCGAGGGCGUUCGCCGGACGGCGUCGCAAGCGGGGACGGACGGCUCGUCGCGCCCCAAGAUCGGGGCUCCCACGCAGACGCCGGCGCCGAUGCAGCUCGUCACCGACAGCUCGGGGGAUCUCAAGGUCAUCAAGGACGAGCGACAGCUCAAGAAGGAGGCAGCGGCACGCGAGCUGGAGGAGCGCCGGAAGUCGCUCGCCAGGAGGCCCUCUGCGCCACCGAUCAUGCAUCCCGAUGAGAUCUCAGCCGCGCCGACCAGCCGGACGCCGCCGUCGCUGAUGGAGCUGCCCAGCACGACGUACGUGCCGCCCGGGAAGGAGGGCCGGCCUUCGCGCAGCGCGAGCGUGGACUCGACUGCCGGGAGGAGCAUGUACGCCAACCGCGACGGGCCGCGGAUCGGAUUGCCCGCAACGCCGAGGGCCAUGCGCCUGGUGAUGGAGUCCGAGGCGGGCAGGCGCAACGUGCCCAUACCCCCGAUCCCGGCGCCGUCCCGCCACGACUCGCCCGGCAGACAGUCGCCGCCCAAGAAGACCGCCGAGGAAGAGCCCCAGACGGACGACAUCCCAAUGAUACUCCCGUCGACCGUCUACACGCCGCCUCCGGCAGCCAACUCACGGCUUGCGGCGCAGAUCGGCCGGUCCUCGUCUGCGCCUCCCCAGGACCUGGUGCAGCCGCACGGCCACUCGCACCACGGCCACUCGCGCGCCCCUUCCGCGGCUAACUCGCUCACGCAAGGCCGGCGGCCGUCGCACGACGCGAAUGCCUUCUCCAGUUGGCGGCCUUCCCACGACGCAAAUGCCUUCAGCAGCCGGCGGCCCUCCCACGACGCGGCCAUCCCGCCGCCACCGCCGCCGCCCGUCCCGCCCAUGCUCAAAGAGCUGCAGCACCUUGCGCAGCCGCCGCCGCCGCCGCCCGCGCCCUUGCCCCACCACGCAGCCGGGCCCAAGCCCGUCGUCUACGGCGGCAGCUCGGGCUUGAUCGAGAUCGUCAUGGACGACGACCAGCAGCACCAGCAGCCGCAACAGCAAGAACAACAACAACAGCAGCAGCAGCAGCAGCAGGAACACUCGCCGUCCCAAUCCCAACAGCACCCGCCUCCGCUCUCCAUCUCCAUCCCCACCAGCGAGGCCACCGUGCCCAUCCUCUCGCCGCCCGACCCGCGCCAGCCGCCAUACCACCACCACGCCACCCACCACACCCGCGGCCGCAGCAGCGUGGACAUCACCACCACAGCCACCGCCACAGCUCCGACGAACGGUGCUGGCAUCGGCGGGCGGCUGUCGCGCGCCACGGAGCGCAUGCGCUCGGCCAGCCGCAGCCGCGCGCCGGGCGCGGGCGCGGGCGUGGGCGCGGGCGGCGGACCGGCGGUGCAGGUGCAGACGCAGGUGUUUCAGCAGGUGCAGGCGCAGGUGGCGGAGCAGGAGGGGCGGAACGAGUUUCGGACCGGGUUGCAUCAGACAUCGGAGUUACAACAACAAGCGACAGCAGGCAACGGCACCACCACCCACCACAAACAACAACAACAACAACAGCAGCCCGCAAUCGCCACGAUGCUCGUCACGGCGCCCCGCCUGUACAUCCGCCGCCCGUCCCCGACCACGGCCGAGUUCACCGUGACCACCUGCCCGCCGCUGACCCUCCGGCUGCGCCUGCUGCUGGCGGCCCUCUUCCUCCUGCGCCUCCUGGUCCUCACCACCGCCAUCCUGGUCCUGCACGCCCGCUUCUUCCUCCAGCAGUCCGCCCCAUCGCCCUCUUCCUCCUCCUCCCCACACUCACACUCACACUCACCACCACCACCAUCACCACCACCGCAGUUCCUCGCCCUCCUCCGGGCAGGCGACAUCCCCUCGCUGCUAACCACGCUGCUGCAGGCGCUGCACCAGUCCCCGCUGGGCCGCGCGACGAGCGCGGUGCAGCGCGCGCUGCCGCUGCCCGACUGGGCGGCGACGGCGCUGGCGCUGGCGGCCGGGUGGGCGGCGUGCUGCGCGCGCGUGCACACGACCGAGUCGGUGCUGGUGCUGCGCGGGCUGGGCGUGCAGACGAGCUGGAUGGGCGGCGGCGGCGGCUGGUUGGGCUGGGUGUUAGGCUGGAUAAUGGGCUGGGGCGGCGGCACGCGCUUCAUCCCCACCGAGAAGAUCCGCGACGUGCUCAUCAACGAGGCCUUCCGCGGCUGGGAGGUCCGGUAUUACCUUGUUGUUGUUGUCGAGGGGGAGGAGGAUGUGGUUGUGCUGUUUCCGGGCUUGUUGCCCAGGCGGAAGAUUGUGGAGGCUGUCUGGAGGGGCAUGAGGGGGUGUUUGUUUGAGGAGGAUGGCGAGGAGGGGGAGGAGGAUGGAGGGAAGGGGUAG